CAAGAAUCGCUCAAACACUGCUUUUGAUCUACAAUCUACGCUGCCGACUAGUGGAUUGGUCUUCGAAUAAGUCGAUUUCGGCCGCUGAACAAGAUUUUGUAGUUUUUCCUUCUUAAUUUCUUGCUUGAUCGGCGCACAUGGAGGUGACUUUCAAGGAACCACAGGUAAAAUUAGGUCGUCUGUCACCAGAACUUUGAGAGCGACUUUCUUUAUCGGUGAGUUCUUGUCCGAUCGAUGGGAGGUGGGUCCAUCGAUUUGUUGUUCUGCCUCCUUCGGUGAACAGUAGCCAUCGUUACCAACCUUCUCUGCCUCUUCUUCUUCGCCUUCCAGUCGAUGCUAUGCAUUCUGCUCCUCCGGAUAUCCUCCGACAUCAUCUGCUCCUCCAGAAUCCCUCACACAUAUAUCUUUGUCAUCUGUGAAGGUUUUUUCCGGCCACUGAACCGGCUAAGGCCAUCAUCCAGACCUCUGAUCCAAAAACUGUGUUCGACAUCUAACACUUCUCUCGCGAUCAGUAUCAUUGGAGCAGUUGUGGUUGAACAUGAAACAAAUGUAAACUGUUACAAAAUACAGUACGCAAUUCUUUGCAUUUGUGAGAAUCCAAGAUGCGUUUUUAUUGCUACUCACAUCGUUGUCACUAUUAAUAUGACUGAUUUACAAGAAUUGUCUGGUGUUGGGUGCGUGGUUGUUGUUGUUUGUGGGGGAACAGAGAAAGAGUUAAAUGUAGUUGGAAAACCACCAACCUUUUUGAUGGAUUUAUUACAAAAGAUGUACCAAUCCACCAUCCAAUCAAAAUUAAAACACAGAACUCCAUGAUUCUAAUAAGAAAAUGAAAACUUAUACAACGUUAGAGGGCAUGACAAAAAUGUUGGAGAUAUAUAGUUCUUAGUUUAU